CUUAGUUCAACCUCGGAGCAGUCAGUUAGUUCAGGGAUGGAGCCUCACACCGAGAAAGAGGCACGUAUCGGACUAUUCAGUGCAAUCAAUUCAUUUAUGAAGUCGUCACAGAUCGCGGUAUCCAGUGGAGGAAAACUCAGUUCAAGAUCAGGACAAUCAGUAAGUUCAGGUUCGGACACUCAUACCAAGAACGAGGUUCGUGUCGGACCAUCCAGUAGGCCUACCUUCAGUUCAAGCUCGCCAAAGACAGAAGCUAGUCGAGGAAAAGUCGGUAUCAACUCUGAGAUGAAGCCGCCUACGAAAGAAUUUAGUGUUGAACAGUUUAUACUCAGUUCUGGAAUAAAGUCGCUUGCGGGGAAAGAAGGCCUUGGCGAUGGAUUCAACUCAGGGAAAAAGUUUUCCAAGAAGGCAGCCACCAAUACAAGAUUAAAGUCGUGCUCGAAAAAAGCUAUUGGCGGACAAUCAGUUAGUUCAUCCCCAGGGAAUAAAUCGCCAAAGAACGAACGAGCUCCAUCCAGCUCAGGAUUGAAGUUGAACUCGGAACAGCCAAGUGUCGAACCCUCCAGUUCAGGGAUGAAAAUGGUAUCGAAAAAGCAAAGAGUCGGACAAUCCAGUUAUGAGGUAAAGUUAGUGGUAUCGAAAGAGCGAAGUGGCGGACGACAGUCCAAUUCAGAGAUUAAGUUGGACUCGAAAGAACAAAGUGUCGGACAAUCCAGUUCAAGAAUAAAGUUGCCUGAAAAGGAAACUACCGGAAGGCAAUUGGUUCGGUCUUGGAUCAGGUUGCAUGCGAAAGAAGCCAACGAUUCAGCGGUAGAGUUGUCCAAGAGGGAAUCUGGUGCAGGACAGUCAAGUUCAGGGACAAAGUUGUCGAAGGCAGAGGCUGGUGCGGCACCAACCGAUUCAGUGAUGAAGUCGCUGAAGAAGGUUGGAUCUGGGAUAAAAUCGUCAACGAUGGAAGCGGCUCAUGGAGGACAACUCAGUUCAAAGAAGGUGCCCAAGAAAGAAACUUGUGCCGGAGAAAUCGAUUCGGAGAUAAAGCUAAAGUCACGUGAAAAAGAACCACUUCACAAAUGCACCAUUUGUCAGGCGCGUUUCAAAAAGAGAGAUCAUUUAAAAACUCACGCAGUCGUCCAUACUGGCAAAAAAGAAUUUAAAUGCCAAAAAUGCGGGAAACAAUUUGGGUUAAAGACUUCGCUGAACUUGCAUGCGAGGACUCAUACUGGUGAAAAACCAUUUAAGUGUAACAUCUGCGGAAAGACAUUUAGUCAGAGCGGGAAUUAUAAAUCUCAUGUUUUGAUUCAUUCGGGAGAGAAGCCUUUCGCUUGCCCGGAGUGCGGUCAGGCUUUCACCAAGAAAGGCCACAUGCAGCGCCACCUUGCGACGCAUUCCGGAGAGAAGAAACACGAAUGUAGUCACUGCGGACUCAAGUUUGCGCGGCCGUACACGCUGAAUGUGCACAUCAAAAUCCAUACUGGGGAAGUAUCGUGUCGAUGCGAUGAGUGCGGUAAACGAUUUCGGACAACCGCGGCGCUGAAUGUGCACAAGAAACUCCACACAGGAGUCAAGGAGCAUAAGUGCGAAUGCUGUGAGAAAGCCUUUCGUACAGUGGCUGAGUUGCAAAGUCACGCCCGUGUUCAUACUGGCGAAAAGCCAUACACGUGUGGAGUGUGCGGGAAAGGCUUCAGUCAGAGUAGCAACUACCGGACGCACGCCAUGAUCCAUACAGGUGAAAAACCAUACGCUUGUGAGUUUUGUGAUUAUCGCUGUACGACCAGUAGUGCGCUUUACGAUCACGUGCGGUGCAGCCAUACGAAGGAAAAGCCGUAUGAGUGCGAAAUAUGCGGGAAGCAGUUCUCGUUGCGGAUAGGUUUGAAUGACCAUCUUCAUUGUCAUUCGGACGAGAGGCCAUACGAGUGCGAGGAAUGUGGACAUAGGUUUGCCAGGAAAGGGACACUGGAGAUUCAUUUGAGGAUUCACACAGGAGAGAAGCCAUAUAGAUGUGACCAGUGCGGUCGCUGUUUCAGUCAGGCUGGUAACCUGUACAAGCACGAGAAAUGGCACAAUGAUGAGCGUCAUCAUGAUUGUGAGCGUUGCGGCGAGCGUUUCCUGGAGCGCAGGGAACUCAUUGAUCAUUUUGAGAAGUUUCAUACUUUGAAGGGAAUAGUGACAAAAGUGCAUGGGUGGAGUUACAACUAGCACUGUCGCCGAAUCAGUGGUUAUUCUGACUGUAAUUGGUAGACUGGUCUGGGAGAUGAUGGGUUUGUUCAAACUAAUGUGAUAUGACGGGUUAACUUCGACAACCUCAGUGAUAACUUGAUCUCAGUAAUACCUAGCAGUCCAGCCCGCUCUCAUGGAU